UGGGCUUUGUCGAGCUCCAUCCGUACAAUGCGUAACAGGGUGAUAAACUGACAUCUCCCAGCUGUGUUUUUACAGUAGAGUCCGAGGCCGAAACAUUCAAGGAAUCGUUGUUAAAAUUCUGACCCAAAAUUGGUCUAGUGUUGAUGGAGUUCAGAGUUGAAGACAACCAGACUAGAAGCGAUCGGACUUUAUAUUCAUCAUGUUUCCAGGAAAGGGAAGACGUUACUUUAUGUUUGACGAUGGAAAACGCUUGUGAAAGAAUCGGAAGGGUUUUGUCAAUUGGAAUUACACUAUACGGGCUUUAUGGUUGGAUUUUGGGUUCAGAUAGCCUUUGUUUACUGGAUCAGAAAGAGACCAGAAGUCAGUUCAUGUGAAUCGGAGAGGGGUGUCUGUUGUUGUUUAGAUGGUGAUUAGAAAGACAGGAAGGAUAGAUUGGGACUAAUAUGACGAUCAUGUUACUUAACCAUAAGCAGCGCACGUUACUUAACCCACUGAAACCAUGUCGCAUGUGACUGACUGGGAAGCGUCCGCGUCGAUAAUCGUAUAACCUGAGAGAGAAAGCAUCUUGGGAGCAGGGCCUCUCAACUCACCGCUGGCCGGAGAGAGCACGGACCCGCUGGUGUGACACAACCCCGCCACGGUGCCACCAUGGAUCUACUUGAGUGCCCAAUCUGCCUGUUCCUCAUGUGUGAACCGGCCACCAUGUCCUGUGGUCACUCGUUCUGCCGGAGUUGCCUGGGAAACUACUUGCCAUCCAGGUGCCCAGCCUGCAAGGAAAGAUUUAAACAGAGAGACGCCAAAAAUAUCAAGAACACCAUCCUGAUCUUCAGUGUCAUUGAGAAGUGCUGCCCAGAAGAAACGAGGAUGAAAUGCCAUAUUCUGGAGAAACUCAAAACCAACGAGUUCACAGAAGCUUUACGCAUCGCGGAUGAAGGGAUACGACUAGCCCCUGGUGAUGUGAGUCUGAAGGUGUGGAGAGCGGAGGCCAGUAUGGAACUGAGACUGUACUCUGAUGCCCUGAGGGACCUUGAAGACCUUUGCUGCGUUCGCCCCAAGUGGACAGAGGGUUUCUUUCGUAAAGGUAAUGUGUUACUGGAGAUGGGUCGUCAGUCUGAAGCCCUGAUCCAGUUUCACCGCUGUCUCAAACUACAGGCCGACUUCACUCCUGCCAAGAGCCAGAUUAAAAAGAUCCUGGAGGCGGAAGGCAUGUCAGUUCCAGAGGAGGUGCCCCAGAUCCUCCAGGUGGUCUCGGAGUACCUCAGAGACCCCUGCCCCCCCAUCACAAGCCUCUUCCCCGCUGGACCCACACAAAGCCACACACACAGCCACGCCGAAAGCCUCCGAUUCCCUCAGGAGGAGGGGGACAGGAGAGGAGACUCUGAGAACGGGUCAAAGGUGAAACAUGGGACCAGUACUGAGUGCUGUCUCAGUCUCUGUCAGGCCGUGUCCUUCCUCCCUACAGCCGAGGAUGAUGAGGAGAUGAUGAUGAGGAAGGAGGAGAGGCAGAGCAGGGGAGGCUGCAGUCUGGAAAGAAGAGACUCUCUGAGUGUCCUCACUGUGUCUGACUUUGAAUGUCCCCUCUGUAUCAGGUUGUUCUAUGAGCCAGUGACCACUCCCUGUGGACACACCUUCUGUAGGACCUGCCUCGAGAGAAGCCUAGACCACAACCUCCGCUGCCCCCUCUGCAAACAGCCACUACAGGAGUACUUUAAGAGCAGGAAGUACAACCCCACAGUGCUGCUGCAGGAGAUCAUGUCCCGCCUCUUCCCCCUGCAGCUGGCUGAGAGGAAGCAGGUCCACGAGACUGAGAUGGCCGAACUCUCCAAUCUAACUAAGGACAUCCCUAUAUUUGUGUGUGCGGUGGCGUACCCGGGCGUGUCCUGUCCUCUCCACAUCUUCGAGCCUCGUUACCGCCUCAUGAUGAGACGAUGCAUGGAGACGGGCACCAGGAAGUUUGGCAUGUGCAGCUACGAACAUGGAAAAGGAUUUGCAGACUACGGCUGUAUGCUGGAGAUCCAUAGCCUAGAGGUGUUGCCUGACGGUCGCUCCUAUGUGGACUGUGUGGGUGGAAGUCGCUUCAGGGUCCUAAAGAGAGGACAGAGAGAUGGAUACCACACUGCUGAUAUAGAAUACAUGGAGGACCACAAGGCUGAGGGGUCAGAGUUGGAGCUGUUGCAGAGCCUCCAUGACAGUGUGUAUGAGCAGGCCCAGGACUGGUACACACGCCUCAACACACGCCUCAGAGAACAGAUCAGCAGACAGUAUGGAACCAUGCCUGACAAGGAUGACAACAUACAGGCCUCCAAUAACGGUCCAGCAUGGUGUUGGUGGUUGUUGUCAGUUCUCCAGCUGGACCCUGCCUACCAGACCACUGUGCUGUCUCUGCCCUCCCUCAAAGAUCGCCUGGGACACCUGCGCAUCGUUCUGGAAUACUUCUCCCAGAGCUAGAGAAGAGGAGUAUGAAGGAGAGAGAGGGAUACUUGGUUUCUGAUGCCAAUCCAGUACCCUACACAGAGGAGAAUCUCUACAGACUGGAUAAUAUGAACCAUACACAAUACAGAAAUACACACAAACGCACAUCCACUAAUAUAUUACACACACACACACUAAUAUAUUACACACAUACACACAAGCAGAAAGAGUUUUAUCACUUACAUAAAUACCAUAUUGAAUUGCUGGUGAAAGAGAGGAGCUUUAAGUUUUGGGAGAAAAAUAACUCAAUAUACUUACAAAUUACUAUAUCAUGUCUUGACUGUCCAGCUCGCUAAUAAUCACUUAAAUUAAAGCUAGACAGUCAGGGAGUAUCGUAAAUUCCCAAAACGAUGGAUAGAGGACUUUCUCUUGCAAAUUUUAACGGCGAGGAAAUAAUCAAUAUUCAUUGCAGCCCUCCGUAACUCGUUGAAGACCAAAUGCAGCCCCCAGGGCAAAAUUAGUUUGACCCCCCUGCAGUAGAGGGUUGACCUCAACCUGUUCUGAUUCAUACCAAAGGAUGUAAACCUGGUGUUAAUGUCUGACAACCACUAGGUGUCCCUGUUCUCACUCCUGUUUCCCCUAUCAGCCAAGCAUAAAGAACACUGCCUUUCGCCAUGGCAACUGACCUGCACUCAUGAUGUAACCAGCCAUGUCAUAAUCAGAUGAUCUGAUUAGUCUGACUCCUAUGGCUCUAAAGUGCUUGAUGAAAUGCUAUUAAAGGAGAGAUGAGAUGAUAGCGGGAUAGAGAAAGAGUGACACAGAGAUCGCUCAGUCUUACAGAGCUGAAAACAACUUGAUUUCCUGGAUAAUGCACAGUAUGCUAUUAAAGAGUUUGGGUUAAUGUUAUUGAUAGUUCAAAAUAAUCAUGUUGUCUUUUUGGGGGGGUUCUUUAAAACCUUGGCAAGCUCCCAUAUUGUGACAAACACAAUGAGUAGCCAUUUGGUAUCUAACAAUCGGCCACUAAAUUAGGAUCAUAAAUUCUUUAUUUUAUUACUAGCACUAUAGUAUAAUUGCUAUUGCCGCUACUAUAUAUUUCCUGCAAUGAAGCAUCGUUACUAAUAUUGAAUAGGAUGUCAUAUUAGUGUGUUAUUGCAAUAAUGAUUUAUUAUGAAACAUUGAAACAUAAAAAGGCUCCGCCUGGGUGAAAAUCGUAAUAUUUCGGAGUAAUGUGAAUUAAAAGCUGCUAUUGGCUGA